AUGCCACAAUUGUCUGAGGCAUUGGAGGGCCGCGACGAUUGGACCGGUUUGAGUGAUGCGAUUGAGCGAAGAAAGGUACAAAAUCGCUUAAAUCAGCGUGCUCGUCCUGUGUUCACACCUUACGAGGCGUAUUUCGUUGCCCGACCUUACUGUCGGUCGCAACCUGUUUUCGCUCUGGAACUGAUUAUUACAGGUCGAAGAAACAAUGGACACAAAUGGACACCUCUCAAGUCUAAAAUCGAUGAUGUCCACCAAGGACAUCAGAAGGUGUCGAACCAGGGAAAUUGCCAUGCACUGGGCUUGCUGAAAUACAAGGCGGACACUCAGGAGCGACAACACAAGGCCUGGCACUUUAAUAUCUCCGGUCUGGUCCAAACCACAGUCGGAGGCUCGAAUCAAACAGGACUGCCCAGUUUCUCUAUGUUCCCAUUGUCAAAAGACCACUUGAUCCCCCUAGUACAUUACAAUGUCUGGCGCGCCAUCGUCACCAACAUGAUCCUUCUCGGCUCUACCCAAAUGUUUGAAUGUCAAGGCCAAAUGGACCAUAGCUUGGACGUGGUUCCUUUGCCGAUGUCAUCGAAUAUCCCUCCCUCGCUAGAGCCAACAUAUCUGCAGCGACAUAUUGAGCACGAGCCGUGGAUUGAUCUCUUCCCGCUUGCUGCUCUUCGUGAUGCCUUGAUACUUGCUCAAGGUAUGUACGACGAUUGUGAUCUGUGCUAUGAUAUGGUCGGAGGCUUCGAUACGAAGGGUGGUCAAGACCCCCAUCCAGUCCCAAAGAUGAAUCCGCUUGCACCUUCGCCUUCGCCUUCUUCUUCGUCUUCGACAUCGUCGCUCCUCUCCAGGACUCGGUCGUCCACUACAGUUCCACGACAAACAUUCAACCCGGACGCCGAGACUGAGGAAAACAACGGCCUCAUCAUUUGGGGCAAUCCAGAAUACAUCGGUUCUUGGGAAGUGUCCGAGGGAUUUGCGAGGAAAUGGGGCUGGAUGAUAAGUCGGGGCUGUGGUGACUUACUGCGUGCCACGGACUGUCAUCGACGUGAUAGAUACGACGAUCCGAUCAAAUGGGACGAGUUUGGGAUUGCAUAUGGCUAG